AUCAAAAUACUCUGCAGGUGAAGAUGGCAGCACAAUUGCUUCAUGGCACUCUUGAUGUAACGAUAAUUGGAAUCAACAAGCUAGAAUUAGGUUGGGGAACAUACCUCCACAACAAGGAAGUUGGACCUUGGAAGAUGGGGAAAAGAAUUCUAGAUCAAGUCAAGAAAAACAUGCUGUGCCAGAAUGGGGAAUUCGGCUCCCAACUCUAUGCCACUGUUGAUCUAGAGAAAACCAGGGUUGCACGGACCAAGAUGAUAAAAAAUGAUCCCAAAGGUCCUAGAUGGAACGAGAGCUUCCGGAUAUAUUGCGCACAUACAGUUUCGCAUAUCAUAUUCACAGUCAAGGAUGAUGAUCCUGUUGGGGCAACAUUAAUUGGAAGGGCUUAUGUUCCUGUUGAAGAUGCCAUCAGCGGAUUUGUAGUAAACAGACAGGUCCACAUCGUGGACGAGGAUCGCAACCCUAUCCUCGGACAACCAAUGAUCCAAGUCAGGUUACAAUUCUUCAAUGUUGCCUUGGACAGCAACUGGUCAAAGGGAAUACAAAGCCCCGAGUUCGCCGGAGUUCCUCACACUUUCUUCAAACAAGAAGGAGGAUGCAGGGUGACUCUGUACCAGGAUGCCCAUGUCCAAAAUGAGUUCGACCCAUUAAUCACUUUGCCCGGUGGGAAAAAUUAUGAGCCUCAAAGAUGUUGGGAGGACAUCUUUGAUGCUAUCAGUAAAGCAAAGUACUUCAUUUACAUAACGGGUUGGUCAGUUUAUACUGAAAUAACCUUGGUAAGGGAUGGAAAUAGGCCAAAGCCUGGAGUUGAUAAGACAUUAGGACAACUCCUCAAGGACAAAGCAGAAGAGGGUGUAAAGGUUCUUAUGCUUGUUUGGGAUGACAGAACUUCUGUUAAGGAGCUCAAGAGAGACGGGCUAAUGGCAACUCAUGAUCAAGAGACGGCGGAGUACUUUCGUAGUUCAAAGGUUCAUUGUGUUUUGUGUCCGAGGAAACCUGAUGAUGAAGAGAGGCUGAAGAUUCAUGGGAUUGAAGUUGCUUCCAUGUUUACUCACCAUCAGAAAACUCUGAUUGUUGACAGUGAGUUGGGCAGAGAUGGCUCCGGAGAGCGAAGGAUUGUUAGUUUUGUUGGCGGCAUUGAUCUUUGCGACGGAAGGUAUGAUUUUCAGGAACAUCCCCUGUUCAAGACCCUGAAUACAGUUCAUAAGAAUGAUUUCCAUCAGCCGAAUUUCCGCGGCUCGUCAAUCGAAAAAGGCGGUCCGAGGGAGCCUUGGCAUGACAUUCAUUGCAAGCUGGAAGGUCCUAUCGCAUGGGACGUCCUGCAGAAUUUUGAAAGCAGGUGGAGAAAACAAGCCGGAAGAACCGACCCACAGUACCUAUUUCCGGAAGAAAGGCUGCAGGCAAUCACAGGUGGUGGCAGAUUCCGAUCGUCUGUUACGGAAAAGACUGAUGUGGAAACAUGGAAAGUCCAGAUAUUCCGAUCAAUUGACAGUGGAGCCGUCUCAAACUUCGAAAUCUCCGAUCAGGACAUGAGAAAACUAGGCCUCGUUAGAAGAAAAGAGGAUGUAUUUGAGAGAAGCGUUCAAGAUGCUUAUAUCAAUGCCAUCCGUAGAGCCAAGAAUUUUAUCUACAUCGAAAAUCAGUACUUUCUCGGAAGCUCGUUUGGAUGGAAGCCAGACCCCAAACUCGAGGAGGACGUUGGCGCUCUGCAUCUUAUUCCGAAGGAGCUCUCCCUGAAGAUUGUUAGUAAAAUAGAAUCAGGGGAGAGGUUUGCGGUGUACAUCGUGAUCCCAAUGUGGCCGGAAGGUAUACCAGAGAGUGCAUCCGUUCAGGCGAUUCUGGAUUGGCAAAGAAGGACAAUGGAGAUGAUGUACUCGGACAUAGUUCAAGCCCUUAGAAAGAAAGGAAAGAGUACGGAUCCCAGGGAGUAUCUGACCUUUUUCUGCCUUGGGAACAGGGAGACGAAGAAGGCCGGGGAAUAUGUUCCAACCGUGCGGGUUGAGUCCGGUUCUGAUUAUAAAAGAGCUCAGCAGGCACGACGGUUCAUGAUAUAUGUCCACGCCAAGAUGAUGAUAGUGGAUGAUGAAUAUAUAAUCAUCGGAUCUGCGAACAUAAACCAAAGAUCAAUGGACGGCGGGAGGGACACCGAAAUUGCAAUGGGAGGAUUUCAACCGUCUCAUUUAGCAACGACCAAGCCGGCGAGGGGUCAGAUUUAUGCUUUCCGGAUGUCACUGUGGCAGGAACACCUCGGACGAAUUGACGCCCUUUUCCAGAACCCAGAAAGAGCAGAAUGUGUCCGUAGAGUGAAUGCUAUUGCUAAAGAGCUUUGGGAAAUGUAUUCAAAAAAUACAUUGGACCGAGAUCUCCCCGGUCACCUGCUCCGGUAUCCAAUUGAAGUCUCCAGUAAUGGAGAAGUCACUGCAUUCCAGAGUAUGGAGUUCUUCCCGGACACCAAGGCUCGUGUUCUCGGAACCAAGUCUGAAAAACUUUCUUCUUUUCUCAACGACUUCUGUGCCGGCUGCUUCAAAUCCAAAUAUCUUCCUCCUAUUCUUACAACCUAGGAGGAUGAAUCAGUGUGUAAUAAACCUGUAAAGUGUAGUUUCUUUGCUUGUACAUGUCAAUGGUACAUAAUGUAACAUGAUUUAAUAAAACAAUAAUAAUUAA